AUGGUCACCCCCAGAGCCCCAGACAUUCUUGGGCGAGCUCAGCCCCCCGUCACGAAUUGGACCCAACGUCUUAACGAAGCAAUUUCUCUGCGCACCACGGUCAUUCGAUGGAAACAGCACCAUGGCCAGGCCCAAAAUAACGACUUGCAAUACGAUUCACCGCUCACCGAAAACCAAAAGGAAAACACGCCAAGCACGAGCAAGACUCGGUCAAAGGCCCUGUCGAGUCAGCCCACAAUGCCGAGCCAUGAGCCGUUGGGUCGCCACUCCUUUGCGCCGGCUCCCUUCUAA